AGCACGCAAAGCGUUCUUCUUUUUGACAGUUUUCCUUGAUCUGUCAGCUGAAGUAAACAAACAGACGACGCACGAAGGAGAUAUGGCCGCAGUGACAGCUAAAUCCAUAUUAUUUCUCGAAGAAAACCAAUAUUCAAACUUUGAAUGGAUUGGUGAGAGUGAAGAUGGGUCUCUUCUUUGUCGCUGGGAGGAGGAAGUCCUUGUUCGUGGACCAGUUGAAGGAGGCAGUGGUGAGGGAGGCCCAGAAGAAGGUACAAGUUCAUUGGCCUUUGCUACUCAGAUUGCUAUUGCAACUCCAGAUUUGCAUUCCACCCAGGUCUUAUACACAUUUGACAAGGUUGUACCAGUGGUCCAAGCCUCUGUCAAUGCUUCCAGGAACCUUCUAGGUUUUGUUACUCGACGGCACAUUGGUGAAACAAAUAAAUAUGCUGCGUAUGUUGCUGAAAUUGCCCCUCAAGGAGGUGUUUUUUCUCUCAACAUUGAUUCGUCCCGACAGAUUUUUCUUGAAUUUCUCCAUACAGAAGAGAGUGGAAAACCUCUUGUAGAUAGUUGGAUAGCCAAGCUUCUUGUUUUUGUACAUCGAGAAUCUAUCGCCAUAUAUUCCUUCCCUCUAAGUCUGAAAGAUGGUGCCUCUUGGGUUGUUGAUGACCAGCCAUUAACAGACUCCGUUGUACGUUCAUUUGUAUGGGCGCAGUGGGAACCUCGUCAUAAUCACUUAUAUUAUCUCCAUUAUCGACCACCACCUGAAGUUGGAUUAACUUUGGGCUCAGGAGAGAGUGAGGAGGAUGAAAUGAGACCACGCCCAAUGCUUACAGCCUUGCAGUUUCAUCCCAACAAACCUCAUGAGACUGUGCUGAACGUGCCACUUGAAUUAUCAGGCCUAGAGCAUUCUCCAAUGGAUUUGAGUGGAGAUUACCGUGACCAGGGAUUGUUACACUCUGCAGGGGACGCUUGGCUGGAUUUACGGGUUGUGACUUCUCCGUCUGGUGCUGUUUGCAUUUGUCAUCACUAUAUAUAUAAAUCACGUCUAGCAGAAACGCCUGCUGAUCCAGAGAGUUGUGAAGUGUACUUGGCAUAUUCAGUAACACUUCUUCAUCAUGGUUGUGUACUACACAGUGUUGUACCAGGAGUGCCAUGGGGUCAUGCCCAUUCUGUGCUGCCAACAUACUCACUGUUUGGAGAACACUAUUUGUUGGUGAUUGUGCCUGGUGUUUGUAUGCACAUGCUUGAUAUUGGCCUGGACCAUUUGCCCAACAACCACAUUGUUACAACCCCUCCAGCUCAACUUCUUCCCAAUGCACAAUUAUAUCAGAUAAUUGGUGGUAAGGUCACCUCUGGUCGCAGCAUGACUUUUAUAGAUGGUGUCAAUCAGAUGACUGUGGAGGUACGUGUUACAAAGGAAUCGCUCUUCUCUCUCUUCAAGAGUUCUCCCAUACUCAGCACACGGUUAGCUAUACUGCACUUGACUGCAGUUCAUGAUAAAGAUCAUGACCUUUCAAGAAAGCUCAUGUGGAGUGUAUGUGAAGAUCUUUACAAUCUUGACACCCCAGCCCUGCUACAGAUACUUGGUCAGUGAACGUAUGCUGCUGUCCACAAACACAUAGAUUCAGAUGCUGGUCAUCUAAUCUCCCUUCUUCCCAUCACGACAGCCCCUUUCACAUCAGACACUGAAUAUAUCGAAUCGCCCGUUGAAGAAAAUGUUAGAAUAUCCUACUGCUUCCUAGAAAAUGCAUGCAUCAUGCUGCUGUCACCACGAGAACGGGUUGUGAGAUCACUUUCUGACACUUGGACAAAACUUUGGGAGCACACUAGCCGCAGGCACCACAAUCGCUUUAGUCUUACAGAUGUUGUUGACAAGCUGAUGGUUUCAUUAGACUCAUACAAGCCUGAAGCUCUGUCUAGAGGUAGCACUCCUGUGUCUCCUGCAAGUCCUCUUGUUGGUGGCCUCACCAUCACUUCCUUGGGUAUCACUUUGGCUCAUCUCAUGUUUGACCCUCUCCCCUUCAAUGAAGCAGAAAACACAACUUCAUCAAAAUUAGAGCACCUUCUCUCAGUGACUUUAAGAGAACUAAGUAUGUACUGUUUAAAGCAUUUUCCACAUGAAUCUCCAAUGCGAGUGCAUGCGGUCGCCAGUAAAUAUGUUUGCGCACAACUUCAGGUGUCUCGUCGAUUAUGUUCAAUUCUCUGUUCAUCACAGACCUUGAUUCCUACAGAAAAGGGUGAAAAAGGCUUCAGUUUUAUAGAGCAGCUGGAUGAAGCUGUUGCCAAUCGUCUCUUCACUCUCCUAGAGCGUUAUCAUUCCGCUACGGAAGCUGUGGCUUAUCCACUCCCACAAGGCUACAACUCUUUCUUGUCAUAUCUUGCUUACAGAUGUUUACCUCAUCAUGUCUUCAUGCAGUAUGUCAGAAGAGGUGUUCUCCAGCUGAAUGUUGAUGUACUAAGAGAAAUUAUUUAUGACUUGGAUGACUUACCCAAAAAUGUGGAACGAAAGCUAGAGAUUGUAUCGUCUGUACCAGUUGUUCGAAGUCUGAGGGCAUUGCAGUACUGGCAGCAUCCAAUGUCUCUGAUACUGCGAUCAAGAUUACAUGCUGCGUCUAUUUUAGCCGGAGAAGGGCCAGGGCAACCUCGUACCCCUACUCAGUCUGGCAGGAUUAGUGCUCAACAUCUUCAGAAUAAAGGUCUGACUGCUUUUCCAACAGCUGAUCGUUUGUCUCCAUUUGACACUUUCUUAGACCUGCUAACUGCUAAAGCUAACCUUACGGACAUUGAUGUGGGUUUGCUUUAUGAAGGAACAGUCGCCUCAUGUGAAUACAUUAAGCCAGCAAUCGAACAUGAAAUCACAGUUACGCAAGGAUAAACAUUUUGCCCAAAUCAUUGUUAUUUCUCUUAAUCUAGUCUUUUUUUCUAAUACAAAUUUUUCUUCUUUUUUCAUUGUUCAUACUUCAUCAUCCUUCAUUCAUUAUUAUAGGUAUCCUUGUUAUUAGUAAUAACCUAACCUUAUCCUUGGUUAGUGAUAUAGAAAAGCUAUAUAGUACUAUGCCUACAGCAUUCAAAAUUUUGAAUGCAUGCAAUACAUAAACUUGUACACUAAUUUGAAAAUGUCAAAGGAAGGAUGUGAUGUGUAAUUUAUUACAGGUAACAAAGUACUUGCUAUUAUAAAAUUAAUUUCUCAAUUUGUUUUAGUUUAAUAAUCUGACUGUGGUAAUAAUGAAAGAAUUGGAAGUAUGAAGGUACCUUUAAAUAUUGCUUAUAGUUUUCUUACCAUAAUGGUGUACUGUAGUAAAUUAUUAUACCACACUCACUGGUAGUUACAGGUCACAAAUUUGUGUUAAAUGAAUAAUUCUAUGAGCUGAUGAGGAAGCAUAUUGCGCUUUUGUUCAGUACUUUUGUAAUUAAAUGAUGUGGCCUGUUGAUGCAUGUGUGUUAAUGUCAGGGUUGCAGUCAAAAUGCAAGGAAAAUCUGCUGUUUAAGGUCAUCCUUCAAAGAACAUAUUAUUAAAGCUUCUUUAAGUCAUGUGAUAUUCUCUUCACUCAGAUUUUAUUGUAAAUUAAACUUUAAAAUGAAUAAUAAUGUAUGUAAUGACCUUAAGGAUGAAAAACUAAUUGUUUUAGAGCUCAUUUGUUUGUGUUAUAACUCAGUUGAAGAGAAGUAUGAUCAGAAGUAUUCCAUUUUCAAUUAAGUGUUUGUUGUUGCUGGCUUUUUGUUCUCGAUUCCUUUGGUAAGUAUUUUAAUAAUUAUAGUUGUAACUUGAAAGUAUUUGUUAUAUAAUUACCAAUUACAUAUUUUAAGGUACCUGUACUAAAUUAUGACCAAAUUUGUUGAGAUGCUUAUGUCAUAGUACAGCAAGUUAUCUACUUUUAUUAAUGAAAGUGUUAGUAGAGUUCAAUAUAUUUGUUAUUGUGUUAAUUUUUAAAGAAGUAAUGCUCACAAAGAUUGUGCCAAAGAAUAGAAGUAUAGUACUAGUUUUAUUAUUUUAUACCAUCUUCUUAUAUGACCGUUGCGUGAGUUACAUAUUUAAUUAACCCUAGCAGAUCAUAGAAAUCAUUGAAUUCUCUCAUUUUUUGGUGUAAUCUGUAUAAUCCUGAAAUGUUAGAAAAGAGUAGCAAAAAUAGGGGAAAAAAUUUAACCUUUUGUAGGGAGGCUGUGAGUAUGUAUGUACAGUUACAAUGAAUGUUUAACUACAUAGCUUACAGAUUUAUAUCAGUGCUUAAGGUGAUUGCUGUUUGCCCAGUAACCAGAUGAUAUGUUGAAAACAUUAUUUCAAUGUUAUUUCAGUUAGUAGUUGAUCAUAUUUUUUAAUCACAGUAACCCCAGAAGAAAAUCCUUGUUAUGUCAGGAGUUGGAGGUUUCAUACUAAAGAGAAUACAGUAUAGUGCUUUUUCAUUACUUAUGUUCCAUUAUAGGACAACACACAAACUGAAGUACUUACACAUGACUGUAUCAUGUUUCAUAUCCUUCAGGUGCCAACUUUCAGUUUAAUGUAUUCCAUGAUUAGGUUGGAAAUGCAUACUAAUAUCAAAACUUAUGCAUUAGAAACACUGAUAUUUAUUAUGAUAUCAGUACAUAUAGAUAUUAGUAUAGAUUCUGAUAGUAAAACAUUUAGAUCAUUUGGUUGGUCUAUUUUUCAGACAGAACAACAGAUAGCACAAAAUAGUUCUGUAUCAUAGAUUUUUCUAUCAGUAACUCCAUUUUGAGGCGAAGUAAUACAGUACGUAUUAGCUUCAAAAUUAAGUUAUAUAUUAAAAGUUACGCAAGUGUCUGGUUUCUGUCUAGCCCCAAAAGGAGAAAAAUAUCGCAUGAAAGCAUUACGUACUGUAAUACAGUACACUAAUUAAUUUUUUUUUAUUCACAAAAAUUUUCAGGGAACCAAGAUUCAGAAAUAUCUAUUACACAGUUGUAAAGUAUUUUUGUUUAAUCAUAUAUCUUUAUUCUUAACUAUGGAAUGUUUCAAGAUUUAUGGAAAAGAUGACAUAUUAUUAAGAAUAGUUUAAAUUAAAUUUAUAUAUUUAUGCUGUUCAUCACUGAUAGCAUAACACAAAGUUUACAUUCUCUUUGAUAUUUUAUAAGUGUUGUGGUGAUUAUACCAGUCAGUUGUAUCUGUUUAUGUCAUACAUAUGUACCUUAAUUUAGGCAUGAUGCCUGGUACUGGGACCCAAGGGACUCGUGUGGUGAUUAAGUCUAAGCAGGUUAAACCGUAGGAAAUGCAAAUUAACCUUCAAGUGAAUUCAGCAGCAUGUUACUUGUGUAGCUGUUGUUAUUCUUGAUGUUUUUAGUUUUAUUUACCAGACACCUUGAAACCUUUUGAAUUCUGUCCACAUAGUAUAUCACUUCUAGAAAUUGGAAUAUAGCAGAAAAGGAUGGUAGGUACUGGUAAAUAACAAUGAUUAAUUUUGAUAAUCCUUUUUAAUUAAAAAUUGCUGUAUAAUUAGAUCUAUACAAAGGUUUUAGAUCCUCAUAUUGUUUACCCAAAACAAUCAAGAGGAUUGUUUUGAAAGGUCUCAAUAUUAUGACAUUGGAUGUUUCACAGUCAUAAUUAAAAUCCAUUUUAUACUUGCAUUUUCAUCUUUCCAAAUGGAGUUUUCUAAAAAAGUUUUUUGAAUUAUUAGUUGUUUAGCUAUGUGAAUCCCGUUGCUUUUCGGGUGUCAAGGUUAUAUAGUUAUACAAUACACUUUUGUUGUACAGUUGGAGAUACUCUUUAGUUUAGAGGAAUUUCAGUUAUUUUUUCACUGUUUUUUAGAUUCUGCUUAUUGUAAGGUGUUUUAUUGUACAUCAUAAAUGUGCCAAAUAUUACAUUAUGAAUUCUUUUCAAAGGUAUGAGAGUUGAUUGUGUAGUUGUCUAUUACUAAUAAAGCCUAAAAAGUAUAAGACAUUACUGCAUCUCUAUUGCUAUGAAAUUGUUGUUAUAUCUAUAAUUAUUUCCUGUUCCCUGUUAAACAGUUCAUAUUGAACUGAUCACCAUAUGUACUUCCUGUCCCUCUGACCUCAAAGAUGCACCCCAGUUUUGACUAACAAAUUUUGAAAAAAAAUCUUUUACUGCAUAAUAAGUUUACUAAACCCAAAGUUUAAUAUUUAGCUUUCCAGUAGGUACAACUACCCACAGUAGAGCUAUAUCUAUGCUAAGGUUCUCCAAUUCAAAAAUUCAUUGUUUGCUGCUGUUGUGGUUUUUAUCUUCACUGGAGUAUCAGUAUCAUUACCAACAAUAAUAACAACAACAAUAACGUGUGGGUUUAGAAUCAUAA